AUGGUAGCAGCGGCAGGCAGGGUCCGGCGGGCGCUGGCCGGAGAGCGGCGGCGAGGCGGUCAGCAGAGAACCAUAGUGUCCGAGCGCUUGGCAUCACCCACGGCUACUGGUCAUGCUAGAGGUCGUAGAUCCCCGGUGUCGUGCGCAGCCUCCUGCUGGCGACGGUGCAGGGGCUGGACGGAAGGGCGCGGAGAUCCCGUCAACUGCCUGCGCCAAGGAGAGAAUCGCCCUCUCCUCCCGCAGGUCCAGGUGACAGUCCUCGACAAGAACGACUCGCCUCCCUCCUUCGGCGAGUCCCCUCUGCGCUUCACCGUGUCCGAAGACAUGCUCGCCGGCCGCCAGAUCGCCACCCUUAGGGCCUCUGAUCCGGACACCCUGGGCACCCUCACCUACUCCCUGGUGGACGGCGACGACAACAAGUUCACCCUCGACGCCUCCACGGGACAACUCAGCCUCCAGGACACCCUCGACAGGGAGACCAAGAGCGAGUACCAGCUCACCGUCCGCGCCGACGACGGGGAGCAGUACACGGACACCACCAUCUACAUAGGGGUCACAGACACGAACGACAACCCGCCUGUGUUCCACGAGCCAGCUUACUCCUUCGACAUUCCCGAAGACGCUCACCGAGGCUCCAAGGUGGGGCAGGUGACGGCUUGGGACGCGGACGAAGGCACCAACGGCCAGGUCUCCUACACCGUCAUCUCCGACUGGGGAAACGACGUCUUCUCCCUCAACCCUCAAACGGGCGUCUUCACUCUCACCUCGAGGCUCGACUACGAACAGGUGCAGCACUACAUCCUGGUGGUGCAGGCGCAGGACACGGGCCGGCCUUCGCUCUCGUCCACCGUCACUGUCUACUUCAACGUGCAGGACCUCAACGACAACGCCCCGAUCUUCGACCCCAUGAGCUACUCGGACGAAAUCUUCGAGAACAUCACUGUCGGGUCUUCGGUGCUCUCCGUGUCGGCUACGGAUCAGGAUUCCGGGCUGAACGGGCGCCUCGUCUACAGCAUAUCAGGAGGCGACGAAAAGGACCAGUUCAGCAUCAGCUCCAACGGCACCAUCUUCACGAAGGCGCCCCUGGAUCGCGAAGACCAGAGCUUCUACAACCUGGUGGUGCGGGCCUCCGAUAUGGCCAUCCCGCUGUCCGUUCGUCUGUCCUCGACUGUGCAGGUGACGAUCAUCCUGCGGGACGUGAACGACAUGGCGCCCGAGUUCGUGACGCCCAACGAGACGGUGGUGCCCGAGAACACGCCCGUCAACACCGUGGUCAUGGCCGUCAAGGCGGUGGACCGCGACGAGGGUCGGAACUCCUACAUCGAGUACUCGUUGGCGCCGGUGCCCGGCAACCGGUUCGCGCUCGGGCCCGUGGACGGCCUCCUGCGGAUCGCCGCGUCGCUGGACCGGGAGGACCGGGCCAACUACUCGCUGGUGGUGACGGCGAGGGACCGCGGCAACCCGCCCAACGCCCACACCCUCACCAUCAGCCUGCGGGUGGCCGACGAGAACGACAACUCGCCCAUCUUCGACCCGAAGCAGUACUCGGCCAGCGUCCCCGAGAACGCCUCCAUCGGCCUGUCGGUGCUGCAGGUGUCUGCCACCGACGCCGACGAGGGCCUCAACGGCCGCGUGCGCUACACCAUCGUCGCCGGGGACAAGAACCGCGACUUCUCCAUCAGCGAGGACACGGGUGUCAUCCGCGUGGCCAAGAACCUCAACUACGAGCGCCGCAACCACUACCUGCUGACGGUGCAGGCGGAGGACUCGGGCGCCGACGUGCGCUACGACUCCGCCACCGUCACCAUCUCCAUCAUGGACAUCAACGACAACGCGCCCGUGUUCCUCGACUCGCCCUACCUCGUCUACGUCAUGGAGAACAUGGCCGUCCUGCCGGCGCCCAUCGCCACCGUCACCGCCUUCGACGCCGACAACCCGCCCUACAACCGCGUCAACUACCUGGUGAAGGAGGGCGACAAGUCCGUGUUCUCCGUGAACGCCAGCUCGGGCAAGAUCAGCCUCCUGCGCGCCCUGGACCGCGAGGAGCGGGACUACUACACCCUCACGGUCGUCGCCAUGGAUACCGGAACCCCGCGCCUGACGGGAACCGGAACGAUCUCGGUCCUCGUGCAGGAUGAGAACGACCACGCCCCGAUGUUCCCGAAGGACGAGUACGAGGCCUCUAUCAGCGAGUCCGUGGAUCCCGACACGCAGGUCAUCGCCGUCACCGCCACCGACAGCGACGCCGGAGACAAUGCUAAGAUCAGGUACUCGCUGCUCGAGGGCGCGUCCGGCGUGUUCAUGGUCGAGGAGUGGACCGGCAUCAUCCGCACGGUGGCCCACCUGGACCGCGAGCGAGUGCCACAGUAUUCCCUGAUCCUCCAGGCCCACGACUCCUCGCUCACCGAGCCGCGCUCCGCCACCACACAGGUGACAGUGACAGUGACAGACGAGAACGACAACGCGCCGGCCUUCUCGCAGGAGCAGUACCUCAUCCACGUCCCGGACCCCACCGCCCCAGGCGACUUCGUGUUCGGAGGCGAGGCGAGGGACCCUGAUGAAGGCGUCAACGGGCGGGUCACAUACUACCUGUCGGGCAACGACGCCGACAAGUUCUACAUGAACCAGGAGACGGGCGUGAUCAAGGCCUCGACGGGGCUCGUGGGAGACACGACCUACGAGCUCGAGGUCCUGGCGACGGACUCCGGCGAGACGCCCCUGUCCGCCACGGCCCGGCUGGUGGUGCAGCUGCAGCCCAACAACAUGUUCCCUGAGUUCCAGCCGCUCGAGAAGACCUUCAGCUUCAGCGAGGCCGCGCGCGGAGACCUGGUCACGACCCUGACCGCCACGUCACCGAAGGCCGGGCCCACCGGCGCUGUCACCUUCAGCAUCGCCGGCGGGAACGUCGGCCAGGCCUUCACGGUGGACAAAAAGACGGGCGAAUUGCGAAUCUCGCAGUUCGGAUUGGAUUACGAGACGGCGCCGAGGUACGAGGUGUGGGUCGCUGCGAGGGACGCUGACGACCCGCCUCUCACCUCCGUCACGCACCUCGUCGUCAACGUGACUGAUUUCAACGACAACGCUCCUGUGUUCUCGCAGGCGGUGUACAAUGCCAGCAUCCAGGAGGCGCAGUACCCGCCGCAGCUGGUGGCCACCGUCAGCGCCACGGACCGCGACUCCGGCACCAACGCCAACGUCAUCUACCAGCUGAGACAGGACUCGCCCGCGGCGGAGGCCUUCACGCUCGACGCGGAGACAGGCCAGAUCUACACCAAGAUCCAGCUGGACCGCGAGGAAGUGGAGGUGUACACGCUGACGGUGGAGGCGGUGGACAAGGGCACGCCGGCGCAGACGGGCACGGCCAUGGUAGUGGUCACGGUGCAGGACAAAAAUGACAACCCUCCGAGGUUCACGAGGCUGUUCAGCGUAAACGUCACCGAGAACGCCGAAGUCGGAACGUUCGUUAUCCAGGUAACCUCCAGCGACCGCGACAUCGGCCAGAACGCCAACGCGACCUACAGCUUCACGGAGAACCCCGGAGGAAAAUUCUACAUCGACCCGGUGAGCGGGAACGUGACCGUGGCCAGCGCCAUUGACCGCGAGCUCAAUGAUGAGUACCUCCUGAAGGUGUCUGCUGUGGACGGUUCGUGGCGCGCCGAGACGCCCCUCACCAUCACCGUGCAGGAUGAGAACGACAACGCCCCAGAGUUCGAGCAGAGCCACUAUGUGUUCAACUUCCCGGAGUUGCAGCGCAGCGUGGCGUUCGUCGGGCAAGUCACGGCAACGGAUCGGGACAAGCAAGGGCCGAACAGCGUUAUAUCAUAUUCGCUGAAAUUCCCGUCGGAUUUCUUCAGCGUGGAUCCCUCCAGCGGCGAAAUACUAUCGAAGCAAGCGCUCCAGUACAAGCACACUCUGAAGGGGCCGUCACCGGAGAACCAGUAUCAGCUGGUAGUAGUUGCCACCGACAAUGGGAAGCCGCCCAUGUCGUCGGAGAGCUCCGUCGUCAUCAACGUGGUGGACGCCAACAACAACCCUCCCAAGUUCACUCAAGACCACUACUUCACGCCCGUCCCCGAAAGCUCCACCGUCGGUAUGUCCAUCAUCCAGAUCAUGGCCGUCGAUAACCGCGACUUCGGCAUCAACGCCGAGAUCGAGUAUCAGAAGGUGGGCGGUAACGGCACCGACUACUUCAUGCUGGAGCCGAACACAGGCUGGAUCACGGUGGCCAGGAGCCUCCAGGACCGCGUCGACGCCCAGUUCAUGCUGCUCAUCCGAGCUCUGGACCGCGGCGUUCCUCCGAAAAAGGACGACGUUCUGGUGACACUGGUGGUGACAGGAGAAAACAAGCACACGCCGGAGUUCACAGCCGUCAGCUACCAGGUGAUUGUCCCCGAGAACGAGCCCCUCGGAUCGACCAUAGGCACGCUGACGGCGACGGACAGCGACAAGGGCCCCAACGGCCUCGUGCGCUACUCCAUCACGAGCGGCAAUGAGGCUGGCAAGUUCGCGAUCGAUGAGAGCAGCGGGGACGUGACUAUCACGCAUCCGCUGGACUACGACGCCGUGCAAGAGUAUCGGCUCAACAUCACGGCCCACGACCUCGCGUUCGAGCCCCUCCAGUCCACAGCUGUGCUCACCGUCAUACUCACGGACAUCAAUGACAACCCGCCAAGGUUCAGCGAAAAGCAAUACGAUGCUUACAUCGCCGAGAACGCCGCAGCGGGGACUACUGUGUUCAAGCUCAACGCUACCGACAUCGACUCCGCCCGCAAUGCUGUCAUUGAGUACACGCUGGUGGGCGGCGACGGCAAGGAGUUCUUCGCAGUAGACCCCGAGACGGGAGUGAUCACGUCACGGAGAGUGUUCGACUACGAGGAGAAGAGUAGCUACGUACUAGAUGUAAGGGCAGCCAAUAACCCCGACAAGUCUCAGUGGGGCUCGGCCGAGGUGGUGAUCCACGUCACCGGCCGAAACGAAUUCUUCCCGCGCUUCAUCCAGCCGGUCUUCCAGUUCACCGUCUCAGAAUCAGCGAGAAUCGGAACGUCUGUCGGUGCCAUCCAGGCCACAGACGAGGACAAGGGCGAGGACGGUCUCGUAUACUACCUCCUGGUGGGCGCAAGCAACGACCGCGGAUUCCUUAUCCAGCCAACCACCGGCGUCAUCACGGUGGCCCGCAGCCUCGACCGCGAGAGUCAGAACAGAGUGGUUCUGACUGUCAUGGCGAAGAACGCCGGCAGCAUCCGCGGCAACGACACUGACGAAGCGCAGAUUAUCAUUGCCAUUCAGGAUGGCAACGAUCCCCCAGUGUUCUCUCAGCCGCUGUAUGAAACCAGGCUCUCUGAGGGAGCGCUUGUCGGUACGCUAGUCGUCAAUGUCACGGCUGUGGAUUCCGACGUCCGACCGAAAAACAAUCAGUUCACUUACUCCAUCAUCGGAGGCAACCUGGGCCAGGUGUUCAAGGUGGACCCUCAGAGCGGUGUGAUUGAGACCACAGCGCAGCUAGACCGAGAAACUAUUCAGGUCUAUAACCUGACCGUCGGGGCCAUUGACAAUGGCACGCCUCCUCAGACCGGCACAACCCUCGUGCGUGUCAUUCUAGAUGAUGUGAACGAUAAUGGACCUCAAUUUGAUCCUCCAGACAUCGUAGGUUAUGUUUCUGAGCACGAGCCUGCCAUGACCUCUGUAAUGACCCUGAGUGCAACCGACCCAGACCUGGCUCCAAACACCCAUCCAUUCACUUACUACAUCGUCGGCGGCGAACACCGCGAGUUCUUCACCGUGGACCAGACCACAGGCGAGGUCAAGACAACGCGCAACAUUGAUCGAGAGACCACGAAGGAGCUCAACUUCCGCAUCGAGGUCGAGGACAGCGGCAAACCCAAGAUGAAAUCCGAGUACCCGGUCACCAUCAUUGUCCUUGACAAGAACGACUGGGCUUCCACCCCGAGGACCGUGACGGUGAAGGUGCAGACCUUCCGUGGCGUAUUCCCUGGAGGCAAAGUGGCCGAUGUUCACCCCAACGACGCCGACACAGCCGGGCAGUACUCCUGCCGAAUACUGACGCAGGAUGCAGCUAUUUUCUCCAUCCCCAAUGCAUGCAACCUGCACGCGGCCCGCGUCACACAUGACCGCACUUACACCUUCGGAGUCUUAGGUAAUGACGGCAUCCAUCCCGACGUCACUUCGAAGGUUACCGUAGAGUUCGAGUCCUUUGACAACGCCACGCUCAGCAACAGCCUGACCCUGCGUCUUCUGAAUGUCACCGCGGAUCGCUUCCUCACCUUGUACUACAAGCCCUUCAUCAACACGCUGGUGCCAAUGUUCUCGGGCGGCACCGUCAGGAUCUACUCCAUGCUCAAUGUCGAGUCCCACACCGACCUGACGCUGACCGUGGCCGACGCCGAAUCGGGCUCCUUCCUCUCGCCGGCCGAUGUAACGCGGAAGCUGGCCGCGGAGGAGCCAAGGCUGACGCAGUCGCUGCAGGGCCUGCAACUUAUCAUCGACUACAACCCCUGCAGCGACACGCCCUGCGAGAACGGGGGCGAGUGCUCGCACGGCAUCCACGCCUACGACGAGACGGAGAUCACCGACUCGCCCGACUUCAUCUUCACGUCGCCGCUCAUCCGCCACGACGUGUCGUGCAGGUGUCGCCAGGGCUUCACGGGAUCCAGAUGUGAGCUUCGGCAGGACCCCUGUUCGCCCAACCCCUGUCAGUACGGAGGAACCUGCACCAGGAAAGGGUUCGUCUUCGUGUGCUCGUGCCCGCCAUCGCGCCAGGGACGCCAGUGCGAGGUUGACAAGACCAACGCCUGCGAUGACAACCCUUGUCGCAACGGCGGCUCCUGCCAGGCCACCUUCGAGGGCGGCUUCUUCUGCCUGUGCCGCCCCGGCUACCGCGGCAACCAGUGCGAGCUGGCCAGCGAGUCCUGCCGCCCCAACCCCUGCCUCAACGGCGGCUCGUGCAUCUCGCUCAAGCCCAGCUACAGGUGCUCGUGCAAGAUCAACUUCUACGGCACGCACUGCGAGAAGUCCACUUUCAGCUUCAGUGAGCUCUCCUACAUGACCUUCCCGACGCUGGACUCCACCACCAACGACAUCUCCAUCACCUUUUCCACCAACAAGCCGGACGCCCUCCUCGUGUACAACUACGGUCUGCAAUCGGGAGGCCGCUCCGACUUCGUGGCCAUCGAGCUGAAGGGCGGCCAGCCCCGCUUCAGCUUUGGCGGCGCCCGCACGGCCAUCACUCGAAUCGGCGUGAGUCGGAACGUCGCCGACGGGAAGUGGUAUAAGGUGACGGCGACUCGCAACGGCCGCGUCAUCUCCCUCAGCGUCGCCACCUGCACGCGCAACGGCGAGGCGUGCGACGAGUGCCGCCCCGUCGACCCGACCUGCUACAGCGACGACACGGGGCCAACCGGGACGCUCAACUUCAACAACGAGCCGAUGUACCUGGGCGGCGUGAUGACUGUGGACCCCCUGCAGGAGCGGCCGCAGCAGGUGUUCGCCGACGACUUCAUCGGCUGCAUCCAGGCGGUGUCCAUCAACGGCCGGCCUCUCAACCUCUCCGGACCCAUCCAGGCUCGCGGAAUCUCGGACACGUGCGAGCGCGUGGCGGACGUGUGCGCGGGCAACCCGUGCGGCGAGGGCGCCACGUGCCUGGACCGCUGGUCAACCCACAUGUGCCGCUGCGCCAACGGCCUCGUGGCGCCAGACUGUGACUCCGCCCUGCGGCCCGCCUCCUUCACGCGCGGCGCCUACGUGGAAUUCCUGAUUCGCUCGCGGUGGGCGCGCGAGGCCAACACGUACCACGCCCGCCCACGGCUCCCGCGGCAGCUCAAGCCGCCGCCGCCCAAGAGCCUGUCGUUCAAGUUCCGCACCCUGAUGGAGAACGGCGUGCUGCUCCACAGCGCCACCAACAACGACUACACGCUGGUGGAGAUCCGCGGCGGCAGCCUGCAGUACACUUCGAAGCAGGGCGCCAACCAGCCCAUCAACAUGACGGUGCCGGAGCUGAGCGUGAACGACGGCGUGUGGCACAACCUGACGCUGCUGGCGGCCGAGUCAGCGCUCAGGCUGCUGCUCGACGACAACCUGGUGGGCGACGAGCUUGACCAGGGCUUCGUGCACGACUUCCUCGACGCCUACCUCACCUCGCUCACGCUGGGCGCCGCCCCCAGGUUCUCCGGCGCGCUGCCCUACACACCCGAAGGGUUCGUCGGGUGUAUGUCGACCUUCAGCGUGGACGGGGAGGUGCAGCCGCUCAACUCCACGGGCUCCCUGCUGGAGGCGGUGGCCCGCGGCGUGGCUCUCGUGCAGGACUGCACCGGCGCAGACCUGGGCACAACGGCCUCCACGGACCCCCUCUCCAUCGGCAUAACACUCGUCAUCGUGUUCUUCGUGCUGCUGCUGGUCGCCAUCCUCGUCUCCUUCAUCGUGUACCGCGUGCGGCGGCAGCGGCGGGAGAAGGGCGGCGUCCACGUCAAGCAGAACGGCUCGGCCCUCCUGGCCAACACCUCCUCGGACUCCGGUCGGUCGCCGCAGGACUCGGGCUACGUGGAAAGCGCCGAGAUGACGGACGACGUGCUUCGGUCCCACCUCACGCAGGAGAUGGCCACCAAGAAGUACAAGGAGCGCGACCACGAGCGGCCGCAGCGCCCGGACAUCAUCGAGCGCGAAGUGAUGAACAAGUCCCCGGGCGUGCCGCUUCGCGUGGACGAGUCGCAGCUCCAGGACCGCGACGCCAUGGCGGGUAUGGGCCACAUUCCCGACUCCGAGGCGCCAGAGCACUACGACCUGGAGAACGCCUCGUCCAUCGCGCCCUCGGACAUCGACAUCGUCUACCACUACAAGGGCUACAGGGACGGCAACGUGCGCAAAUACAAGACCAACCCGCAUGUGCCGGGCUACCACAAGCAUAACCACCGCCACUCGCCGCACAACUUCCCCAACACGCCGCACCGCGAGAGUCCUCGCAACCUCAUGCGGCAGAGUCCGAAUCCCGUUGCGCCCCGAGAGUCGCCCUCCGUGCUCAAGAUGCAGUCCACGCCCCUCGCGCGCCUCUCACCGUCCUCGGAGCUGUCGCAGCAGACUCCGCGAAUCCUCACGCUGCAGGACAUCAGCGGCAAGCCCCUGCAGACGGCGCUGCUGGCCACCUCGCAGGGACCGGGCGUGAAGGACGUCAUGUCGACCAGCGAGCGCUCCCUCAACUCGCCUGUGUCGCACUUGUCGCAGUCGUCCGGGUCGAUGCACGCGUCGUCCCAGUCGACCAAAAAGAAGAAGCACGACAGUAGCGUGAGCCUGGGCCUCACGGCGGAGGAGAUCGAACGCCUCAACACCCGGCCUCGGAACUCCUCGCUGGUCUCGACUCUUGACGCUGUCUCCUCCUCCAGCGAGGACAAUCAGCGCAAGGACAAGCUAGCAGAGCUCCUAGAGACGAACACGGAGCUCCUGGAACCUCCAGAUUCCUCCACGGACGAGUCUGGGAAUGACUCAUUCACCUGCUCGGAGUUCGAGUACGAGAACAACUAUGAGAAGGUGACGCGAGACUUCGGGCCGGGCAACAUGAUUUUCAGCAAGCUCGCGGAAGUAGACAACGAGAACGAGCAUGAUAACGAGUCUGCUAAAAAUUACGACGGCUUUGAUUCUUUUCGCGGCUCGCUCAGCACCCUGGUGGCAUCAGACGACGACCUGAGCAACAUGAGCUCGUACAAGCCACCCAACGGGUCCACGUUCGGCUGGGACUACCUGCUCAACUGGGGCCCCAACUUCGAGAGCCUAGUUGGCGUGUUCAAGGACAUCGCCGAACUACCGGACAAUACCACCAACGGCCGAGUGAGCGCUCGGGGCACCCCCAAACCCAACGAGGAAUACGUAUAGCGGCAGCUACCGCUGAGCGAGGACGAUAUUUAGCAGCCGCCAAAGCCUAUAACUUAUAGGGUGUAAGGAAUUCAGCAGGUCUGCGCCCCGUGACCCGUGCUCAGUCGCAAUAUUUGUGUCGCGGCUCCAACGCCCACCGUGGAGGGCGAGGGCCGAGAACACGGGAUGGAGCGAGACCGGGAGGCCAGAAGGGCGGAGUCUCCUGCAGGAGCGAGUGCCCGCAUGCACCUCCCAACCUGUGACUCUGGCAUUGUGUCUCGUGACGGUGGACUCAAAUUACGCUUCUAGUUUCUACAUGUGUGACUCGACCACUGUGAGAUGUCAUUGCCGAGGACGCUAUAUACUUUAAUCAUUUUAUUUCAUUUUUUAUAUUUCUGCUCCGGCUAUCGUUUUUUCAUAUAGUAAAGAGAAAGAAAAUUGAGGAAAGAGACAGUGCAGACAUGUGGCCCGAUAAACGCAGUUGAAGUGACUAUACCUUCUGUUCCAAGAGCCAAUAGUUGAAGCGUGUGACACUGUGACAAGUGGAUUGGUCAGUGGCAGAAUCCAAGAACCGAGUUACUCAUUAUUUCAUUUCGCUAAUUAAGCAUCACAUGUUUCCCCGUGGCCAAAAUGCUAACGAAGUGCCCAACUUAAGUGUCUGACCUGAUACUCGAGUUCAAGUUGCCAAAAAACUGUUUUUUAUUAAUCAUGAUUGUUUGAUAUCAUUUAUUUCGUGUCUCUUCCUUAGGCGUAUUAUAGAUGUGAGUUUAUGGUUUCGAGUUGCCAAAUGUAGAAUGUGCCUAUAAGUGCUUCUCCGAUA